UAAAACAUAAAAGUGCUUUUGAUAACGUUGUGACAACUCAAACCCUACAGAUAUAUUAAUUAUGAAGUCUUAAAAUAGAUUGUUGAUGUGGCUGAGUUAUGACAAAUAACCAUGUAAUAUAAUUAUGUAUAUUCUUUGUCUUUUUCAAUUUUAAUAUCGUUUUAAAAUCGUCACCGGAAAUACUGCACCACGUGACUCUAGUUCUCUUUCCCGCUCUCGUUCGUAAUAUUGUAUACCCGUGAAGAACAGCAGAGUGACAGCUCAGUUCUGUCUGUUUAGAAGCUCCGCCAAAUUAAAGUAUCUUAAAGUGUUAGCGUACAUUAUUUCUGCCGUGAUUGAAACAUGUAUUCACUAACAAAUUCAGACAAUUGCUGAAAAAGCCCGACCAGUGACACCAACGGAGUGAGCAGCCUGUCUUCAUCUGUUACCAGCUAGGAGCUCGGCCCUCUGCAGACAGCUUUCUACAGGUGUGGGAAUGAAGAGAUGCACGUCAGGUUUGCAGAAAUAGAAACCACAACCUUGAAUCACCUGCACACACACACCUCCCAGUCCAAACACACUGAAUCAAAGGAUUCUCAGGACUCUGAGCCAGGACCGUAUCAGAAGCAAGAGAAGAAACAGUGGACCUGUUCUGGUCCAGGACCUUGGCAAGAUGAGCGCGAGUGGUCGAGACCUUUUAUUAAGCAAUAAAGGAAAGAUGCCCACACUCAGCAAUGCCCCUCCUCCUGGGCCCAGAGCUGUUUCUGCUAAGAAGUCCUCCCCCUGUAAAGGUCUUGCCCAUGUAGCCCGACUGAUGAAACUUGGAAGAUGUAAAAAUGUGGUGGUGGUGGCAGGGGCGGGGAUCAGCACUGCCAGUGGAAUCCCAGACUUCAGAACUCCAGGGACAGGACUUUAUGACAACUUGCAGAAGUAUAAUCUGCCUUACCCAGAGGCGAUUUUCAACAUCGACUAUUUCUCGGACAACCCACAGCCCUUCUUCUCUCUUGCUAAAGCUCUGUUUCCUGGCGGCCAUCGACCCAACUACGUUCACUAUUUUAUCCGCAUGUUACAUCACAAAGGCCUGUUGCUGCGAAUGUAUACACAGAACAUCGAUGGACUGGAGAAAUUGUGUGGCAUCCCAGACGACAAACUUGUCGAAGUCCACGGCAGUUUUGCCUCAGCGUCCUGUCACUUGUGCUACACUCCGUACCCUGCUGAGGAAGCUAAGCAUAAAAUAAUGAGCGGCAAGAUCCCCGUGUGCACAUUCUGCACAGCUACCGUCAAACCUGAUGUUGUGUUUUUUGGAGAGGACCUUCCUCAGAAGUUUUUCCUUCACACAGAAGACUUCCCCAAAGCAGACCUGCUUAUCAUUAUGGGCACAUCGCUGCAGAUUGAGCCGUUUGCCAGCCUGGUAAACACAGUGCGCUCCACUGUACCACGUCUCCUCCUGAACCGACACGCCGUGGGUCCAUUUGAGAAGGUCCGACUGAAGAGAGGCGAUCACAUGGAGCUGGGUGACCUCGAGGUCACAGUCAGACACUUUGCUGAGAUGCUCGAUUGGGAUGAUGAGGUCACAGAGCUGAUGAGAAGCCACGCAACAACAAGCAGUGGAUCACCGAUAACUAGUUACCCAUUAGUGAGCGGAGAGACGCAGUUUGAAGGAGAAGUUACGGCAGGGACUCCUGAUGGGAUGGACAGCGAGGAGGCAGACUCAGAGGUGGACAGUAAAAGCUCAGCGUCCGCCAACAUGGACCACUGAGGGUUAAGGUGUUUUUUCUGUUUAUUUCACACUGAGACUUGUAAAUGUAUGGUCUUGAUCUCAAUUGUAGCUUCUUUUUAAAAGAAUUUCCACUGAAAAUCUUCCUUUAAGUAUUUUUGCACCAUAAUGUUGUACAUCAUCACUGUAUUUUUUUAACAAAAUUUAAUAAAGCUUUAUUUGCUAUC